GAAACCAGCCACCAUGGGGAGUUAAGGGCAAGACGACGGGUUAUUUUCGUUAAUAUUUAAUAUCAGAAAGCUAUCCAUAUGCUGCGUUUUGGAGCACACAGUUCGCGCCAGUAUCCCCAAUGCAGCGGAUUACGGGGAACGGGCUUUCAGAGACGGGUGAAUCGUUUGCCAGCAGAGUCAUUGCUAGAGGCGAAGAUCUGACCUCUGCCUUGUGCAAUCAGAGACAUGAGCGUUGUCAGAGAAUUACAUGGGAUUGGGUACAGGGGUGGUGGUGGGGUUGUGGCCUCUCUGAGCGGCCCUACCCACUUUACUGAGGAUGCUCCGCGACCCCCAGUUCCUGGCGAGGAGGGGUCUGAUGUGGACCCCCCAGCCCAGUCAGCCAACACCCGUCCGAACACCCUUUCCCAAACCCUUGGCUAUCCCCCAUCAUCCUCAUUAUCUAAAAUGGGGGAUCCAUCAAGUUACACACCCUCCUCAUCGUCUGCGACGCCGCGUCGCCCUGAUCUGGACUUGGGGUAUGAACCCGAGGGCUCGGCUUCACCAACUCCACCUUACCUGAAGUGGGCUGAGUCACUCCACUCUCUCCUAGACGACCAGGAAGGCAUCCAGCUGUUCCGAAACUUCCUGUGCCAGGAAGGGUGUGCAGACCUUCUGGACUUCUGGUUUGCCUGCUCGGGGUUCAGGAAGACCAGCCAAGAGAAGAGGGCAAAGCUGGCCAAGGCCAUCUACAGGAAGUACAUUGUAGAUGGAAGUGGGAUUGUCUCCAGACAGAUCAAAGCAGCCACAAAGAGCUUCAUCAGAGACUGUGUGGGACGGCCGCAUCCAGACCCUGCUAUGUUUGAACAGGCCCAGACAGAGAUCCAGGCCAUGAUGGAGGAGAACACCUACCCUUUAUUCCUUAAGUCGGAUCUGUACCUGGAGUACACACGAACAGGAGGAGAGAGUCCCAAACCUAACCCCAGUGAUCAGAGCCCUUCAUCGGGGCCAGCCAAGCCUGUGCCUGGGUAUUUACCCACACUCGCUGAGGAUGAGGAGUGGAGGUGUGCGGGAGGAGGAGUGAGGGAGGUGGAGGAAGAGAAAGAUGAGGAGGAGUGUGGAGACACACCAGCUGGUAGGCUGACUCACAGCCUGCUGAUGCAGACAGCACCACAGAGAGCCUCAACCAGCAGGAGAAGGCAGGACAGCAGGGAGUACAGACCAUGGAGGGAGCCGGUAAACCCAUACUACGCAAACAUGGGCUAUGCUCGCGCUCCAGCCACCAGUGCCAAUGACAGUGAGCAGCAGAGCAUGUCGAGUGAUGCAGACACACUGUCGCUGACCGACAGCAGUGUAGAUGGUAUUCCUCCAUACAGAUAUCGGAAGCAGCAUCGUAAAGAGAUGCAUGAAAGUGCCAAAGCCAAUGGACGUGUGCCCCUACCUCAUAUACCUCGCACGUACCGCAUGCCAAAGGACAUCCACGUAGAGCCUGAGAGGUUUGCAGCGGAGCUCAUCAGCAGGCUGGAGACGGUUCUCAGAGAGAGGGAGGCUCAGGAAAGACUCGAAGAGAGGCUGAAGAGAGUACGACUGGAAGAAGAGGGGGAUGAUGCUGACAUCUCCAUGACAACCUCAGUGUCUUCUCAUAGCAUACCACUCCCCCUCCCCUCAUCGUUCCAACCUCUCUAUGGCGCCCGCUAUUCAGAGACCACUGCUAACACUGCAACAGUCGCCACUUAUGGCGGCCUGGUUGCCAUGGAGGAUUCCCAUGACGACGACCCAGAGUCUAUUUUGGAUGAGCAUGUAUCACGUGUGAUGAAAACGCCGGGCUGCCAGUCGCCUGGGGCAACCAAUAGCACCUUAGGAGGAGGAGGGGGUCGACACACCCCUCCCAAAUCAUCGCGCUCACCUGACGGGGGAAUCGGACCACCUCACUACCCCCCACACCGAGGGGGAGGUCACAGUCUGCCUGCUGCUGGGGUCAAAGGUAUGCAUCACCACAAGCAGCUGUACCACCACAGAGGAAGAGAUGGACAGGAGGAGACAGGCUCUAGGUCUCAGCCCAACUUCCUGUGGAACGGAGACCCGGCUGGCCAGUAUGCAGGGAGAAGUCGUAACUAUGCUGAUGGGGCUGGGGCCAGCACGCUUGAAGGGAUGGGUUACAGCAGUAAAGGCAGCACGCUAUCACGACGGGGCUGUAAGAAGACUUCAGAGACAUCAGGCAAAGGCGAUGAGAGUGGGCGAGGUCUCGAGACCCAGGUGCCACUGGAGGAUCUGGAGAGAAACCAGAAGAUCCUGCAGUGGAUGAUGGAAGGAGACAGACAAAGGAAGAGCUCGCAUGGCGGCAGCACCAGUAGCUCCAGGAGGACAGGAAACAGCACCGAGUCACCACGUCCGACUUCAGUGGAGCGACCCGGAGCUGUGCACCCCUGGGUCUCUGCCCAGCUGCGUAACAACCCUUCUUCGGUGUCUGCAGCCAUCCCUGGCUCAUCGUCCGCCCAAGUCCAGCCCUCUCAUCCUUUCAUCCAGGACCCAGCUAUGCCCCCCAACCCAGCUCCAAACCCCCUCACCCAGCUGGAGGAGGCUAGGAGGAGGCUGGAGGAAGAGAGGAGGAGGAAUGCACUACAGCAGGCCAAGCAGAGGCACAAGUCUGCUAAGCGCCCAGUGUGUGAGAACAUGACGGUCGCUUACUACUUCUGUGGAGAGCCAAUCCCAUACAGAACAUCAGUCAAAGGCCGCGUGGUGACAUUGGGCCAGUUCAAGGAGCUGCUUACCAAAAAGGGCCACUACAGGUUCUACUUCAAGAAAGUGAGCGACGAGUUUGACUGUGGUGUAGUGUUCGAGGAGGUCCGCGAUGAUGACGCCAUCCUGCCUAUCUUCGAGGAGAAGAUCAUCGGGAAGGUGGAGAAGGUUGACUGAAAUUUGGGAACAGGAAGACGAAACAGAGUUGCAAAAAAAUAAAAAAAAUCAUUUGAAAAGAGGAGAUUGGAAGAGAACAUUCGGGUUGGAUGGAAAUUCAGCUGUGAGAAAACGAAUGAAAGAAAGUAGAAGGAUGGAAGAAGAGAAGUGCGACAGAAGUGAGAUUGCUCUGCACGGUAGAAGCUGAAGUAUUAAGGAGGUUAUUUUUAUGGAAUAUCUGGAUAUCUGCAUCAGCGCCUGGAUCAAACCCACAUCAAGCGAAGAAGCUUGGCCAGAUGAAACAGGAGCUGAGGAAAGGAACAUAAAUUAUUUCACCUGUCUUGUCUCUACUGUGGAUAUUCAAGGAGGGCAGUUCAAAUCUGAUGUCUGACCAGUCUUCCACCUCCACUGUGAUGGAUGGAAAAGGGUGAGGGGACUGCUGGAAGGAGAGAGGAUAAAGUAGUCUUCCACUUCUGCUCUGGAGGAGUCUGUCCUCCGCAGACCAUUACAAUGCUGCUACAUUACCACGGAAACUCUUCAAUCGGUGCUCGGGACAGUAAAGAAAGCAGUUUUGUUCCGUUCGGGAGUCUCGCUGCCCUUUGCUGUCUCUGUUCCUCAUCAGCUGGUGACAAGGGGAGAGGACAGAGGAUUUUGGGGAGUGGAACUUUUCACCUGCUUCUCCUUUCAUUGACUUCAUAGCCUCAAAACAGAGAAACUUUCUCACCCUUGAUUCCUAGAUGUCAUGUAGUGAUCUCUCACAUCAACAUGUUCAGACAAUGGUUCUCUACAUAACUUGUUUACCAAAGCUACAUAUUUUUGAUAAGACAAGUAUCCUAGCUACUUGUUUUCAUUUUAUUUGAAUUGUGUAUGUACAAGGCAGGUACUAUUACUUACUAAUGCAGCCUAAUUUUUGUCAUAUCUCAACUUAAUUUUGUAUUAUUGUGUAUGUUUUGAAGCUAGUUCAUUAGUCAUUUCAGGGCAGCCGUUUUUUUCCUUCUUUCCUCUAAACCACAUCCGUGCACCUCAGUUCUCUACCGUUUACCUUUUGAGUGUGCAGUUCUGUUCACCUGCGCGAUAGAUUUUUAAACAUAGGUUAAUUUUUUUUUUUCCUACCCUCAAAAAUUCUCAUGAAAAAGAGGAGUGCACACUAAAAGAGCGGCAUCUUCGACCACAGCAUCUGUUGUUUUUAAACAGGUCACACCUCAUGUAUCUCGUAACUUUUCUGCUAUAUAUCGAGAGCAUGUGUAUGUAACUCCAAGCUCAGUUUAGGUGCCUGCCUGCCUGGCCAGUGCCAUUACUAUCUAGAAUGCUUAUUCUGAAGCGUGUUUGUGAGUGUGGAAGCCUGUGUCAGUUGUGUAUGUCUGAACUCAGCCAAAGAGCAUAUUGUACGUCCCUGAAUGCCUACAUGCGCGUGUCUGUGCAGUCCAAGUAUCGGAUGUACUAUUUCACCGUGAGCAGAAGGGAAUCUCUUCUUUGUCUUGCAGAUUCCCAAACUUCAAACAUUGUGGCUGAACUUUGAGCUCUGGAGCUUAUCUUAAAAGAAUAGUUUGACAAUUUUGGAAAUGUGCUUAUUUGCUUUCUUGCGGGUCCGAUGAGAGAAUUGAUACUGCCUUCCAUGUCUGUACGGCAGAUAUGAAGCAUACGGCAAGCAGUUUGUUACCUUUUGUACGGGUUAAACAAACUAGGGCUGCAACUACUGAUUAUUUUUUAUUAUUUUCUUAAAUUUGUUUUAUUAUUUUAAAACUUCACCCCAUCACACUUUCCUAUAGCAUAAGACAACAUAUACAAAUCACUUGUUUUGUCCAACCAACAGUUCAAAACUUUUCUUCUUUUCUUUCACAUAAGAGAAAGGAAGCAGCAAAUUAUCACAAUUUAGAAACUGGAGGUAGAGAGUGACGGGCAUUUCUACUUUAAAAUGAUUUUAAUUAAUUCAGCUCUAAACUAAACUAGAUAUAGCAUGUUUGUUAGUGAGCCCCCCCCCCCCCCCCCCCCCCCGCCCCCGCAUUUCCAGUGUGCUAACUGGCUGCUAGCUGCAGUUUCACACUGAACGUACACACAUGUAGUUGGCAUCUCAUUUAACUCUCAUAAAGAAAGCAAAAAAGCUGAUUUCCAAAAAUGUUGAAUUCUUUUUAACUUCUCACAUCACUGGAGUACAGCAGCGAGGCCUCUGUGCCAGAAUAUCAUAAAACACAGUGCACGCUGCACUGACGACACACCAGCUAUGUAAGCUGAAUGUAAUCUGACAUUUUUUAAACUUUUACCCGCUAUAUCCUCAAAGGAAAUCCUUUCAUUUGUCAUGGCCUGAGUCUACCUUCAGUAUUGAUCUCCAACUCUUGGCCUGACUGAGUGUUUUGUUAUCUCUGCUGGUAGUUAACUGAAUGUGUUCAUCAAAAAAGGGGGUCCUACAGAAGGUCUUUCAGGAAUGUCAAAUGCAAUUUGUCCUGGGUUUCAGCCCAGCAAGGGAAACAUAGGAUCAUAAAACAUAUUUGUCCUUACUUCAACACAUUUUGCCUUCAAUAUGAAAUUUAAAAUUUAGAUAUGUAAUUGUUUAUUAAAAAAUGUAAUUUUAAUAAUCACCAAGCAUGUUCUUUAUAGGGAAUGUUUUCCUGAUGAGUUGAAUUAUCUAUUUUGUUUUAUGUUUAUGUGCAAACUGCUAUGGCCCUCUGAUAUAUUUUAUCCGUUUUGUUAGAACAAACGCCCAGGGACAGUUAAAUCACAACAUUUGUUAAGAGGUGUUUCUUGUGAUUGUGAUCUGAUGGACAAAACAAACAACCGUGUCUAUUGUGUUGUCAAUUUGUGUGAAACACAGUGCCUUUAUCAUGUUAUCUCUCAAAAUGUGUUUAUUGAACCAAUCCAUGCUUUUAAUGUAAGUUUUUAUUUUCAAUCAGUCCUGUUAUAUUUUUAGCUGCAGUCACGCUUGCUCACUUCUGUUCUGAUAGACUCUCUGCUGUAAAUAUGUACAUUAUCAUUUCAUACGUGUCUUCAGACCUGCACCACAUGUCCAUGGUGUUUCUGUUUUUCAAAGGUGAACGCCAAGAUGUCACUGUGCUGGUUCCACUUGUACAUUUCUUUUAAAAAGGUACUUCAUAAUAAAGAUGUUGAAUAAA